AUGAAGAGCGAGCUUCCUGCCGAGGCGGCCCAGCGGAAGGCGGAGCAGCUGAAGGUUCCGCUGGCCCCGCCCUCCUCGGGCCCUGAGCCAAUGGAGACGGCCAAGAGCUUUAGCAGCGACGUGGAGGUCCUGGGGAAGGCGGACAGCGAGCUGUUGGCCCCGCCCCUCUGUGAUGAAGAGGACACGCCUCCUCUUGCUCAGUCGCGCGCACUAAGGGACGAACGCAGGAAGAGGCGGAGCCAGCAGCAGCAGCAGCAGCAGCAGCAGCAGGCGGGACCCUCCGAACCCCUUAAAGAUGUCCCGCCCCUUAAGGACACCUCGCCCAAUCGCACGCCGCCGUGUGGCCUGCAGGGAGCCAAUCACGAGCAGCGCGGGCUGCCGGCAGCGAAUAAGGACCAAGGGGCGGGACAACCGGAGUCUUCUCUGAGUGACUGUGGCUCCUCCCACUCCUCCAGCCUGCACUUUGGCGACUCGGACACGCUCAGUACGGACGAGGACACACACACGCCCACACACACCUCACGCCCCCCCUCCAACACACACACACACUCGCACACACACGCACGCUCCCAGACCUCGGCCAACCACGGCCGCACGCGGGCCUCUCGGGCCCAUAAAUGGUCGCGGGGGGCGGAGCAGGAGGCGGUGCUUCUGAAGCGUCCGUGCCUGAUGAGCAGCUCGGCGUCGUCGUCGCGGCGAUCGCACCACAGGAAGCGAGGGGGCGUCGCCGUAGGGGGCGUGUCCAAGGUGGCGGGGGCGUCGUCGCGAGGAGCCGUGUCCUCUUCGUCGGCUGUGUCAGGGAGCCGCAGUAAGCAGAAGGAGCGCCUCCUGUUGGCGCGGAGGAAGCAGCGCGAGUCCUUCGUACGCCGCAAGCUGGCGCUGCUGCAGAGCACCUCCUCCUCCGAUGACGUCACCGAUGACCUCACAGACUCCUCCCACGACGACCAGGAGCACGACGACGACCUCUACCUGGACGUCAGCAGCACACACACCAGCACAGGUGUUCUGGACGAGGACGUGGUGGUGAUCGAGGCCACACCCCCACCAGUGGCCCCUCCCCCUUUACCUGCCAAUGAGGAAAUCAACGUCACGUCCACCGACAGCGAAGUGGAGAUAGUCACCAUCGACGCCUUCAGGCCGCGGUCGGUGGGCGCUCAUGGCCGGAUGCUGUGGGGUCCCAGCUGCUCUCAGAGUCGCGGAGUGGAGGGCAGGAACCGACACACACACGCGCACACACACACUCACACACACACGCACACACACCGGCUCUCCACCGUCAUCCAGCCCCUGAGACAGACACAAGGAGAGGUGGUGGACCUCACAGUGGACGAGGAUGAUAUCUCUGUGGUGGCCAGUACUUCUGAUGGGGGUGCUCCUCAGGCGGUCAGCUCCUCUUCCUCCUCCUCCUCUUCCUCUCUCCGCUCCACUACCUCAGACACACACGACGCCCCCGGACCCUCCUCACACGCACACGCACACUCACACACACACGCACACACCUCCGACAGCACGCACGGACCCCACGCUCACGCCAGCCAGCACACUGCCACCACCGAUGAGAGCAGGAGAGGUUCGUCCAGCCUAUCAGGAGAGAGUGGGGGCGUGGCCAUGCCUCGGCUUCCUUCCUGUUGCCCGCAGCACUCGCCCUGUGGCGGCCCCUCCCCCGGUCACAUGACCAUAGGCCACUCCCACUCCGGCUGUAUGCAGGGCGGGGCCUCCUCCCAGGGGGUGGGGCCUCACGCGCAUCACUUCCACCAUCACCACCACCACCUGCCCAACCCAGCCACCCCAUUGGACCAUCACCUCCCAGCCCCUCCGCCGCCAUUGGCUGCCUUCUCAGAGGGGGCGUGUCCUCUGGAGAGGCCGACGCCCCAACAUCCUCCAUGCAGCAGCGCGGCGAGCAGCCAGUACCACGACCAGUCUCUGCCAGUGGACCUGAGUAGCAGUAGUGGUGUUCGUGGUUCUGGAGGGGGAGGGGCCUCUGGUUACCAUGGCGCUUCUGCCUUUGACCCCUGUUGUCCCGGCAACACGUCGCGCCCCGCCUUCGCCCAAUCCGGAGCCUCCGUCAGCGCCGAGCCUUUUGGCCCCGCCCUCGUCUCACACACGCAGCCGCAACCGCAACUCUCAUCAUGCAGACACUACGUACACCCCUAUGGUCCGCUAGCGCGCUCUCUGCAUCACCAGUCUGCGUCUACUUGUCCUCACGCCCACAGUAACCCCCCCCCCCCCCCUCCUCCUCCUCCCCAGGCCCACUACGUCAUCCCCCACCCCGUGCACCCGGCCUUCCACGCCCCCCCGGGGGGGCCCCCCUCGCUGAACCCCUCCCACCUGCCCGGCCCCGGCCCCCACACGCCACUGCCCCCGCACUCACACGCGCACCUGCCGCCCACCGUCACCGUGCCCGGGGCCGAGCACACGCACACGCACACCCCCCUGCCCCCGCACCUCGCGCCCGUACUGGGAACGCAAGUGCAGAGACUCCACCAACACGACCUGCUGA